UCAGGGGACUGAUGGAGAGUGACGGCUUUAAAAAAGGCGUUUUGCCAGAGAGCAGCCAUCACUCUGCCCACUCGUCCUCUUCGGGAGAUUCCCGCUAGUUGGUGGGUGUGACUGAUGGUAGUCACCCCCCACCGCACACACACACACGGCGGUUUACCUAUGAAUUAUUUGGUUGACGGGUUGGAAUUUCUCCACAUUUCUCCGCCGGGUUGUCCAAUCAGGGAAAGCGAUGAAACAGAAACGAGGCUCCCCUGGGAGACAGCCUCGGAGAUGACUCCCAGCGGGUGUAAGGGAGAGGCAGGCGACGCUUUUUACUGGCAGGAUGAACGAGGCUGAGACCGAAGCUGCAGAAGUUUGAGGAGCUGUCCAGAUGCUGAAAGAGCACCAGGCAGCCCUUCUUUCAAUUAGUAUUAAGCUGCUGGCUCUGGAGGAACUAAUGUGAUUUUAAAACGAGGUGAAAGCCAUUCAUCCGUGGCGUGUGACGUGAAAGGUUCAGCUUGUGUCGCUAAUUUGAGUCAGUAAUUUCACCUCUGCAGAGAUCCCCUCCUCCCUGUUUUUUUUUUUUUUUUUUUUUCAAACAAGAGAUUUCACUUUAGAUAGUCGCCUCAUUCUGUCAUGAAUAUUUCACCUGCAUUCAUCUUCUGGAGGGAGAAAACACAGUUCAAUGCAAAAUCCCCCCGCUCCCCCCUCGGUGCUUAUUUAUUUUCUGUUAGAGGCUUUUAGAACCAAUUUGGAGCAAAAAUAACGAUCCGUCCAGCCACAGAUCAAUAACUGGGGUCUGCAACGAGUGUCAGUCGCAGCCCCGCAUGUAGGAGAAUGCAGACAGGAGGGGUGGAGUUCACAGCUUUUACUUUUCAAACGCUGCUCUGACAGAGGAGCUCAUUCUUUGCCUGGAAAACAGCGGAGUUGGCCACUGAUGCGUCCUGGCAUGUGAUCCCGCUCUCAGUCAAGUCAAUCGCCUCGCCGCUGCAGCCUCUCCAUUAAACUUUCCAUGCUGUUGCCCGUCCAAUGGACAGCACUUAGGAGGUUUGUCUGGACCGUACUCGCUCCUGCUCGCUCGCCCGCCGCGCUCCGGCUCUCCGCCGCCGGCUCUCCAGGUUCAGAGGGACUCGCGCGGCUCGGGGAGCUGCCCCGGGUCUCCCGCACGCAUGGAGGGAGACGUCAUGGACAAGGUUGAGGCCACGGCGACGGUCCGUGACUUCGACCCGAUCAGCGGGAGCAUCCCGGCCACCAAAGUGGAGAUCACCGUGUCCUGCAGGAAUCUGUUGGACCGAGACACUUUCUCCAAAUCGGAUCCAUUGGUUGUGUUGUACACACAGGGCGUGGAGUCCAAACAGUGGAGAGAGUUUGGGAGAACAGAGGUGAUUGACAACACGCUAAACCCAGACUUUGUCAGAAAGUACAUCCUGGACUACUUCUUUGAGGAGAAGCAGAACCUGCGCUUCGACGUAUAUGAUAUUGAUUCUAAAAGUCCAGAUCUGGCAAAGCAUCCAACCGACUUUAACGACUUCCUGGGACAGGUCUACUGCACGCUGGGAGAGAUUGUGGGCUCACCUGCGAGUCGCCUGGAGAAACCUCUCGGUGGCAUACCCGGGAAGAAAUGUGGGACCAUCAUAUUGUCGGUAGAGGAGCUGGGAAACUGCAGAGAUUACGCCACCAUGCAGUUCUGUGCCAACAAACUGGACAAAAAGGACUUCUUUGGAAAGUCAGAUCCCUUCAUGGUUUUCUACCGAAGCAACGAGGAUGGAACGUUCACCAUCUGCCACAAGACCGAAGUGGUGAAGAACACGCUGAACCCGGUGUGGCAGGCCUUCUCCAUUCCCGUCAGAGCGCUCUGCAACGGAGACUAUGACAGGACAAUAAAAGUGGAGGUGUAUGACUGGGACAGAGAUGGAAGCCACGAUUUCAUCGGCGAAUUUACCACCAGCUACAAAGAGCUCUGUCGAGGUCAGAGCCAGUUAAACGUCUAUGAGGUGGUGAAUGCCAAGAAGAAAAUAAAGAAAAAGAGAUACAUCAACUCUGGGACGGUGUCCUUGCUGUCAUUCAUUGUGGAGUCAGAGCACACCUUCCUGGAUUACAUCAAAGGAGGGACUCAGAUUCACUUCACAGUGGCCAUUGAUUUCACUGCAUCAAAUGGAAAUCCAUCCCAGUCCACAUCACUGCACUACAUGAACCCGUACCAGAUGAAUGCCUAUGCCAUGGCACUGAAGGCUGUGGGAGAGAUCAUCCAGGACUAUGACAGUGAUAAGAUGUUUCCUGCCCUGGGAUUUGGUGCUAAGCUGCCCCCUGAUGGGAGGGUCUCCCAUGAGUUCCCUCUGAAUGGCAACAUUGAGAACCCGUACUGUAAUGGCAUGGAGGGGAUUCUUGAAGCGUACCAUCAAAGCCUUAAGACGGUUCAGCUGUAUGGACCCACCAACUUCGCUCCUGUUGUUAAUCAUGUGGCAAGGUAUGCAGCAGCGGUACAGGAUGGAUCUCAGUACUUUGUCCUGCUCAUCAUCACUGAUGGCGUCAUAUCAGACAUGGCUCAGACCAAGGAGGCCAUAGUGAAUGCAGCUAAACUCCCCAUGUCUAUCAUCAUUGUUGGAGUUGGCCAAGCCGAGUUCGAUGCCAUGGUUGAGCUGGAUGGUGACGACAUCAGGAUUUCCUCACGGGGAAAGUUGGCAGAGAGAGACAUUGUACAGUUUGUCCCGUUCAGAGACUACAUGGACCGCACAGGCAACCACGUGCUGAGCAUGGCUCGGCUGGCGAAAGACGUACUGGCCGAGAUCCCCGACCAGCUGAUCUCCUACAUGAAGAGCAGAGCUAUUAAACCGAACCCCGUCCCACCGGCUUACUCGACCAUCGACCAGCCCCAGACCAACCCUGUCUGAACCCCCCUGCAAGGCUCCAUGUUUGCGUGGGCCAGGGUUGAGAUUGAUUGAAAACCCGCCUUCACACCCGCCCUUCUGGGAGAAUGGAGAUGCUCUGGAGGCCCUUUAGUAAACAUUAGAUGGGAAGACGAUGAGACUAACAUUUUUGUUAGGGAGCAAUAUAAGACUGCUUUGGGGCAAGCUGCUGAUGAUCAGGGAGUUUUUUUGCUCUCUGUUUGAGGAUGAGAGCGCUAGAGAUGAGUCAGCUGAUGAAGGGAGGUUUUAGUCAUUUGCUGUCAAACCUGUCAAAGUGGUGAUGUUAUGGAUAGCAAGUAAACCCGUAGAGAGAGCCUGUAUGAGGGCGUAAAUAUAUUAGAAUGUGCCAGUGUGUAUCAUGUUUGUGAUACCUUUUGGAAUCGAUGUGUGUUAAACUAGGAAAUCAUGUGUAUACUAAUUUAUUUAUUUAUUUAUUGCAGAAAUAAUUUAUUCCUUCGUGGGGGUUUUAAGGGUGGGGAUGAAAGUCAUACUUCCCCUGUAGUUUUCCAUCUUAUAUUUUGUGACCAGGUUAAUAAAAAUCUCCCCAUUUCUACUUUGAUAAGGACUGUAAUAUAAAAGCAUGUGAUAAAACCUAUUAAGCAGUUUAUGAAUCAUUUUCACUGAUGGAUAACUUUUUGAUUGCAAGCUGUUAUAUAUAGAGGACCUGCUGUGAGCUGUCGCCAUACUGAUUAUCCAGCACCAAUUCUUCUAUGUAUUUCUUAUAUUUAUAUUAACAGAAUGCACUAAUUACUGUCCAAAUAAAAAGCACAAAGGUUAAACUGUUAAUAAGCUUAAAUAAACAACUAUUCUUUUGAAGGAACCAACAGCUGCCACAAUGAAAAUAAUGGAAAGGACCCCAUAUUGUGUUUUCAGCACAUCAUCUUCCACCAUCAUUUUUAAACAAGACGGCAACUGGAAAAAUGACUUUACUGAUUUAUUUAAAUUAGCUCGUGUUCAUCAUAAAAACAAGAUGUUUACAGAACAAUAGAUGAAUAAUUCAGAGCACAUUUUUCGCUUUCCCUGUUAGUACACCGAGAGGUAAAUCUGCUUAAGACACGCUGCCAUAUCUCAUUCGUCAUCUCGCUGCUUGUGUUACUUCCCAUUAUAUUUGUUGUGGUUACAGUUUCUUGUCUGAGAUUUUGCUUGGUGCUGUUCAAGGACCCUACAAAUAAGACUGAUGUCAACUAAUACCCACUUUAAAUAGAUUUGCUUCCCCAGAAUGAAUAAUUCAUUGUUCAGCAACAAAAGUAUGACAUUUAGGCGAUGAAUGUUUUUAAAAUAAGUUAAAAAAACCCCACAACUGAUCGCACAAAAGAAAAGCUGAUACAAAUCCAUCAUUUCUCAUUCAUCUGGUGUCUUGUGUAUGCGUUUUGUUUUCUAUGUUUUUACUCUUUAAUUAAUUGAUUGUUCCCGCAAAACAUUGUUUUAAACUGAUAAACAGCAGCCCAUUUUCUAACAAAACAUUGGGAUACCAUUCUAAUACCUAAGAGGCAAUUUCACAAUUCUGUUCAAGGGUUUAAUUCCAGCCAAUUGUUGAUAUAUUCACAACACUGCAUUUCUUUUUAGUGACUGUGUACGAAUUCUGUUAAGACAAUUUACCGCCAUUGUGGCCCAGUUGUGUACAUCCUAAUUUAUAGUGAUCAUCUUUUUCAUCAGUCUCUCUCAGUCACUCAAUAUCUCGAUCCAAAUGUGCCUACUAUAUGGAAACAUAUCCAAAUUCAGUUACCCAGGUGUUACUCUGCCAGCAGCAGCAGCAGCAGCAGCAGCAGCAGCAGCAGCAGGUCUCAUGUUAAAGAUGUACACACAGAAAAUGUUAGUGAUGAUAAAUCUGUAAAAGAUUAGGACUAUUACAGCUGCAGAGGCCGACCAGUGUUCUGUACUUUUUUAUACUUAACAGCUCUUCACUAAUGAUCUUUGAAAUAAUGAAAGUUAACAGUGUCGCUGAGCCUUGUUGUACAAUGUUCAAAGUCAAGACUUGUUUACAAUUCAACUGUGGCUACUUGCAUUGCCUCAAGGAAAAAAAAGUAAACAUUCAUGGGUUUCAUUAAGAAAGUGAGUUCACCUUUGAUCCAUUGUGUUCGUGCAUUAUUCAGUCUUAUUUUGUACUUUGAGAGUUUCAUCGACUGACACUGGAGAGCGAACAAAGAUUUGUCAUGUUGUUCUCCGAGCUCUGAGUUCUCACUGUUUUGUUUUGUUGUGUCGAAGUGCGUCAUGUUGCUUUACGAUCUUAGUUAGGCUUAGUUCAAUGUUCUCUGACUCCCAUUGCUUUAGUGCUCUCAGAGAGAAGAAGAUAUAGAGCCUGAUGAUUCUGCAGAAACUCAGUCCAGAGGCAGUGAACUCCUUCUGUCACGGGCCCAGAUCCAUAUUUGGCUUUUUCUUUUUGUUCUUUUUUUUCUUUCCCUUUUUUAAAUUUUUCAUUAGUGAUGACAUUUUCUCCCUCGGAAGACAAAGCAGCAUUUAAUCUGCUGCCAAAUUCACUUGUUCAUCACAAGUGAAAUGAGGCCAUUUAGUUUUAGUUGCAUAACACACAUGAGUACCAGAAUACCUCUUCAGAAAGCCAUUCAAGCCAAAAGGAAAUAAUGAAUACAUAGUGAAAAAAUGUCUUAUGAAAUAUGUUUAAAGUAUUAUAUAUUAACAACUUAAAUAUUUGAUGUAUUUACUUAAAAUUCUACUACUUCUAUUUUUUAUGCUUUUCACAUUUUCCCUCAAUCACAGGGUAAUCAUUACAGACAGAUAAUUAAUUAGGUUAAGGAAGUCUUUUGGCAGCCGUGUUAAGUCACCAUCAUCAUGCAGCUCACGAACUGUAAGAAGAAGUGCAAUUCGAGCUGUAUGUUGUGUGCAUCUUUUCAGACAUAUUUUACGUGAUUAAUUCUAGUUAAAAUGAGUUCAAAUGGCUUUGCUGUGCUACUGAGAUGAUAAAAAGCUACAAUCUUUUUGGUCUCUCUCCUGAGGCCUAUUUCCUCCACAUGGAAAUCAAACAACUACUAAUCAAUAAAUAUGUAAUGAGCACUGUAAUGAUGCUUAUGCAAUUGUUUGAAACAUAAUAAUAAUAAUUAGAUAUAUUUUCCAGUCUAAAACAUGUCGCUCCAGCACCACAAUUAUGUCUUUCCUCUCGGUGGAAAUGGCUUUGAUUAUUCCUUCAUUUUGAUUUUCUCUGAGGCUGAUCUCCGAUUAUGUACAUAAGCCCCGUACACAGAACACUCAGUGCCAAACUGUGUUCAUUUGCUGAACUUGGCCUCUUUAGACAAUGUGCAUGUUUGUGCCAAAACGGCAGGAAUUUGGUAGUCUGCCCUCAUUUCACUUGAUUAUUGCAUUUGCCAUGUGCUUUGUUUGUUACUUUGGGUGUUUUUCCACGAGAGAACAGCCACCUCGAGCAUGUUGCAUCUCUGGUUUUUGUCCAUUCUGUUCCUAUGAGACACAUACUGUAUGGGUUCUUCUUGCCACUACUCCUGUUUUAUCCCAGGUUGUUUACAUACCUCUCUUGGUCUCUGACUUGCAUGCUGAAUUUCCAAACCAGGUGUUGGACAUGAUAUUGUCGUCAUACUGUGGUUUGUGAAAUGCUUUGUAAUGGAUUGCCUUAAAUGAAGACUAUUAAAUUAUUGACAACUUUG